GAGCGGUUGGCCAUUUUUCACGAUAGCGGUUGGUUAUUCAUACGGUUUGGUUAUAACGCGGCAGCGGCGGGGCUCUUUACCUGUUGCAUAUACAUAUACGAGCGCGUACACACACAUAGAGUUCAAACGCCACACAGACGUUACUUUAUAUGUCUUCUUCUUAUUCUGGCUUGCUGGUGCUACAGCUAACGAUCUAAGUUGUAUGAGUUUCCGUUUUGCUGGUAUUUGUGUGAAAUAAUGCGACGGUGACAAGUAAUCAAGCUGACCGCGCCUAAGUUUGGAGAAAUAUUAAAAGAAAAUUUAAGGAAAUUUUAAAAAAUUCCUACAAAUUUUAUGAAAAUAUUAAUUUAUGAAUAAAAAAGUUUAAGAGUGAAGUGAAAAGUGUAGAAGUUGUUGAGUUUUUAUAAGAAAAAAGUCGUAUUUAAUAAAAAUGCCUUCAUAAAAAACCAAAUAUCUUAAAGUAGUGGUGAGUUGGAGGUGUGAAAGUCUUUCAAUUUCAUUCCCGUUUUUAUGUGGAAUACCAAAAUGUGGCCUUUAAAAACCAGUGUCUUAACAAGAAAAACUACAUAAAAGUAAAACGAAUGAAGAAAUUUUCCAAAUUUGUGAUAGAAUUCUAAGAAAUCGAAAAAAAAAAUCAUCACCAUUGAAAACGAAAACAACGAAACGAAAACGAAUUCUCUAAGAGUGCCUUAAGUUGAAAGUUUUUUUUCAAAUCAAUAUGACGUCGCGACGGCGUCACUUUCUAAAAACCCCUGUUACAGUAAGAGUGCCUGCUGUGCUUAUUAUAAUAGCCUUAAGUUUCCUGCUUCCUCAAAGCUCUGCACAAAAACAUAGUGAAUUAUUAGAAUCUUCGGAAUAUCAAUUGGCCAACAGUCAAUAUGACGCCGACCCAGAUUUUCGAGCAGACGAGGAUACUCAACUGCAUUUUGCACCCCCUUUGCCAACGACAUCGUCUCCCCAACACCAACACCAUCAUCAUCCACAUUCGCCCCAUUUAACAAAGGACAUGGACGAGUCCUCCUAUGACAAUAACCUGCUGAUGUCAUCGUCAUCGCAAAAUACAGGCGCUUCCACAACAUAUACGGAAUUGAGCGGUGGCAGCAUUACCAGUGACCGUGUUCUACGAGCCAGUGAAAGUCCUUAUUCGGCUCGUGAGUCUUUAACCAUUGAGAAGGGUGCCAAACUCGUCAUAGAACCAGGAGUUCGUGUGGAAUUUGCCCCUAUGGUUGGCAUUACAGUGCGAGGCAUAAUACAUGCUGUGGCUGGACCAUGACCGACUACUCGGUGGCCUGUCGUCAAAUGGGUUUUCAAGGUGGACGCUUUUGGAAUUGGGUGGAUCGCAUGCCCGGCCAAAAACCACGCUUACUCUAUGAAUUUCCCAACUGCAAGGGAUCGGAAAAUUCCCUACUCGAUUGCGAUUGGUCUUCACGACAAUUGGGUUCCGGGGUGUGUGAUUAUCACAGUGACAUAGGAGUGCAAUGCAAGCCCAUCCACAAUAUGCAGCUCAGCCAUUGGCAAGGUUUGCAGUUUGAGAAUGCAGCAGCCACCAAGACGCUGGCCAUGGACAAUACCAUCUUUUAUACAAAAUCACAAUCCACUUUGAAAUAUGUGGAUAUCAUAAGAGCAGGCAAUGGCUUCAGACAGGCGGCAAAAUCUGCUAUUGAGGCGGUGGGGGUGCCACCGGUGACUCAUCAUGUGGUAAUAAGCCAUUCAGCUUAUACGGGCUUCAAUGCCACCCGACCCCAGGGAGGCUUUCAAAUGCAAAAUGUCACCAUACGCAAGAGCAAUGGCAUAGGAGUCUUUGUCAAUUCCAGCCAGGGCUAUGUGCAACUCAGCGGUUGCAAUGUCCAGGAUAAUGCAGCAGAUGGAGUGAAAUAUGUGGGCCAUGACCUGAGGGUGGAUGAAAGGCCAGAUCGCUCGUCCAUAUAUGAUCUGUGCACCCUGCCCACUACGUCGGGUCAGACUUACCCCUUGACCUUGUCUUUUACGCAAAAGUUUUAUGCAGGCUCACCCAAGGAAUGCUCCAAGUAUUUCUUCUCCAAGCCAGGCUAUGUGUUGACGGUGCAAUUUGAACAAUUCACUUUGAAAAACAAUGAGACGGCCACCGUGGAAAUCUAUGAUGGGGCCUCGCCCAACGAUCGCCUGCUGUUGAUGUGGAAGGCACGCAACUAUACCAGACCGCAAAGUGUUACCAGCACCAGGGAGAAGUUGUAUCUAAGGAUAAGGGCCGACAUGAGAGAGGAGAUUUUGGGCUUCUUACGCAUUUCGACAGGCGAGACGAGUGCUUUUGACCUGAGGGUUUCGGAGUCCAUGGUACAGGAUAAUGGCGGAAGGGGCAUUGCUGUGGAUAGCCUGAGGUCUAGGUUGCAUGUUCAUGGCUCUUCGGUUUCGGGCAAUGGCCAUGUGGCUGGGGUGCAUGUAACAAGUGGAGCGGGCGAUGUGAAUAUCACCGAGACCAAUCUCAGCUAUAAUCGAGGCUCUGGUCUCAACAUAACCUAUGUGGGAGGCAAUCGCAAUGUCUCACGCAGCUAUGUGGACUUCAAUCGCGGCUAUGGCAUAGCGGUGUGGCUGAAUGAAACUUUGGAAGCGGAUCGGGUGGAAUACAUAGCCCUUAAUCAGACCACUGCGGUGGAGUAUUCACACAUCAACUCCAAUUUGGAUGUGGGCAUAUUGCAUGGCAACUUUUGCCAGCCCAUAUGGGUAAAUCUAACGGGCAACUACUUCAAUGGCAGCAAUGAGAAUGAUAUUCGGCUGGAAAGCUGUUGGCGUUUGAGGGAGAGUACAGAGCCCAACAUGCAUAUGCAGAUAGGACACAACUCGUUUGAGUAUAGCCAACAGAAUUCGAUAUACCUGAGUCCAGCUUUGAAUCUGCAAGGGCGCAUAGAAUUCAAUCAAUUUCGCUAUGGGAUAUAUGGCUGCAUUUAUGUGAGAAAUGAUUUCAUAUUCCAGGAGUUCAAUUUCAUGCCAGUGCGUUUGGUGGUGCAGAGCAAUUACUUCACCAGGAAUCGAGGAGUGCAUGUGGUCUCGUUGGGCCUGUCGCCUUAUAGCCGCCGAGAUAUGCAGCAUUUGCUGUUCACACGCAACUUUGUGAGGGAGAAUAAAAUGACGGAGUUUUUUGGACCUCUGGUGGAGGGCAGCGAGGGCACAGAUGGAGCAGGGCGUUUGAAUCCCAGAUCGAGGGUGGCUGCCCCAGUGGUGGUCAGCUCCAGCAAUGUGGAUAUUUUCCGCAAUAUUUUGCAUAAUCUGGACUCCACCUAUGAGAUAGGCUCCCAGUUGAGCGAUCAAAGCCAGAUCAUCAAUGCCACCUAUAACUGGCUGGGCCACACCGAUGAGGUUAAGAUCUAUGCACGGCUCUUUCAUCGCAACGAUCGCUAUAAUUUGGCCAAGAUAGAGUAUAUACCCUAUUUGCUGCAUAGUUCGAAUCCUGGCUCUACAACGGUCAUAGCCAUUUCGACAUUUGUGCCCAGAUUCUUUGUGGAGGGCUCCGAGUACAUCGGAGGUGAGGUGGAUGGCCAGGAGAUGAUACCCCCAGGCAGCUAUACAGUGAAUAAGGACAUCAAUAUAAGGCCUGGAGGCAAGCUGAUACUGCAGCCUGGUGUUACCUUGCAGUUUGAGCCCAGUGUGGGCAUGAUGGUGGCGGGCAAGCUGGAGGCUCGAGGCCGUAGACCGGAUGAUAUAUUUUUGACUUUAAAACGUAAAGCCAUAAUGCCCGACUUGGAGGUGGAUAGCUCCACCAAUCGUGAGCUUAUCGAUAUGAUAGAUAUGGACACCGAGACCAUUAUGCUGGGCUCCCAGGAAGGAGAACCCAAAGUGCCGGUUCGCCUGCUGGGUGGUGCUGGACCCUAUGAAGGACGCUUGCAAAUCUAUGUGAAUGGGCGCUGGGGCACGGUAUGCGACUAUGGCUGGACUGAGUUGAAUGCUGCUUUGGUGUGCCACCACCUGGGCUAUACUUUGAAUCCCAAGGACUGGCGUUUGCUGAGAUCCCAAAUGCCAGCAGUGGGCACCGCCGAAGAUGUCUUGGUGAGCAAUGUGCGUUGCACAGCCCACGAUCGUGAUAUCACCAAAUGCAAGGCUGAACAUUUGUGGAGGGGAGAUUUUGAAAAUUCCUGCUCCCAUGACAACGAUGUGGGUUUGCGUUGCUAUGAGGGAGCCUGGGCUGGUUUGCGUUUCAGCAUGCUGGCCGAGAGAGCAGAUUUGCAAUAUGUCACCGUGGAAAAGGCAGGGCUGUUUGAUUACACCACCAACUCGUUUAAGCCGGCUGUGCAAAUGGAUUUUGCCCGCCAUAACUUGGACAAUGUGAGAAUAGUGGACAACCUAGACGAUGGCUUGGGUGUCAUAUAUGCGGAUCUGUAUGGAGGCAAGGCCAUUAACAAUAUACGCAACUCGGAAUUUGUGGGCAAUAGAGGCAGCGGCAUAAGUCUCAAGCAAUUGGAUUUCCGCAUUCAGGGCUCCUUGAUACGCAACAAUCUGGGCAGUGGCAUAGCCCAUGAUCCGGUGAUAGCAGCCAAGGACCAAUUCGAGCUGGGUGGAUGGUUUAAAAUGGCCGUUGACUUCAAUUCAUUUGAGACCAACUAUGAGCCUUAUAUUCUGCCUCGAGAUGAGGGUGACAUUGAGCUGGGCACCUGGGAAAGCAAAUACAUACGCACUGAAGAGGUCUUGGGAGAGAGUCGCAGCAAGAAGCUGCAUGUACGCUGCCCAGCUGGCUAUGUCUUGGGCAUACAACUUUUGAAUCCCAUUAACAAUUUGUCAUCGGAAAGUCUACACAUACUCAAUGCCCAGUCAGAGAAUCCCAGAGCCCAAGUGUGGGAUGUAAAGCGCGAUCUCAAUGUCUUUCCCACCACCAGCAGUGGCUAUGGCUUGGUCAUAUACUAUGAGAGUGGCGAAAAUGCCUUGGGAGGGGCAGUGCUGAUGCUGACCACGGUGCAAGCCCCAGUGCAGAAUAUACGCAAUCGCAUAGUGGGAGGCCCGGUGCCCUCUUUGCACAUCAGAUCCACCAAAAUACAGAAAAAUCUUCGAGGCAUAUCGGCCGUCUACUACAAUCGCUAUCGGGGAAGUGAGGGCGAGUAUUAUAUGCGCAAGGCAAAUGAGUCCAUCAAGAUAGUCAACAGUGAGCUAAGCAACAAUGAUUUGGAGGCUGUUUGGAUCAAUUCCCCCUUCUGGGAUGUCAUUAGCAGCAAUCUCUCCGAGAUAACCCUACACAUCAACAGCUCUUCUAUUACCCAAAAUGGCUAUGGCAUUAGGCAGUUGUCCAAGGAUCUGCGCUCCUCCAACAACCUGUUCCAUUAUGUCUUGCAGGAUACCACUGUGGAGGAUAAUCGCAAUGGUGGCUUGCAGCUGGCCCUGCCCUAUGUGUGGCAAUACAAUGAGAAUUUUACGCACAGCAUUCAUUUGGGCAAUACCACCUGGCAAAGGAAUCGCAAUUUCUACAUAGAUGUCUCUGGGCACUAUGCCGACUUCAAUAUAACCUCCAAUGCUUUUGUGCAGAAUCAAUGUCCCCGCAGUUUGAUCUCCGUCAUGGGCAUGGAGAAGCGCAUGCGUUUUAGCUACAAUCGCAUAGAGCAGAAUCAGGCCAAAUUUAUUAUGGAAUUCAAGGCCGAUAGUUUGAGUGAGAAAUUUGGAGAGGUUCAGGCCCUGGUGGAGUAUAAUACCAUAAAGAACAACAACAAUAUGGAAACGUUGCGCCAUCUACCGGCCUUAACCCAUGGCCGUAAGAUGGCCACCCUGAAUGCCCUCAACACUGCUGUCGUACGCAUAGAUGGCAUACAAAAUGUCAAACUCUAUCGCAAUUUGAUAGCCCAAAAUACCCAGAGAUAUAAUUUGGUGGCCGGCCUUAGAUCUGCCCGGGUGGAUAACUAUUUCUAUGCCACCGAGAAUUGGUGGGGCUCCAGCGAUGUCAGUUUCAUAGAAUCCAAGAUUUUCGAUUUUGACAAUUGGAACGACCAUGCCGAUGUCAUCUAUCAACCCUUCCUUAUCGAGGAUAGCUUUGAUGCCAGUGUCUCUCUGGUCAAAGAGAAUCGGGACAAUAUCGAUAUCAACUACUGGCAGGGUGGUCGCAUUUUUGCUGAUCUUACCUUGCGCAAGCGUGAGGAUCCCUAUGUCAUCAAAAACGACAUUACGGUCAUGCCUCAGGCUACACUCACCCUGCAACAUGGUGUCCAUAUGGAAUUUGAGACGAAUGUGGGUAUGCUGGUUUUGGGCACCCUGAAUGCCAUAGGCUAUGAGGAAUCCCCCAUAGUGAUGAAAGCCUUUAAGAAUGCCACCCAUGAGUCUUAUUCACUGAUAAAUAAACGUUCCACCUCCUCCUCCUCAGGGGAAAUGGAGCAACUGCAGACCUAUGACUCCAUACGCCUGUGUACCAGCGCCCAAAACUGCAGUUCCGAUGCUGACCAAAUGUUCGAUGUCAAUCAAGGCUUUCUGGAGUACUUCAAUCACACCACCCUGCAGUGGGUGCCCAUAUGUGAUAGCCGCUUCACCGAACGCAAUGCCCAAGUGGUGUGCCGUGAGCUGGGCUAUGAUCCCCUCAAUGUCUACUACAGCCAUGAUCGUCGCAUUGAGUUUCACACCAAUUCUCUGACACGCAUCUGGACCUGGGUGCAGCCUUUGGAAUGUCGUGGCGACGAGGUGCGCAUGUCCGAUUGUGAGGAACGUCUUAAUGGUCAACUCUUUGGUCAUCGCCACGAAUGCCAUUGGGAUGAUGUUUUUGUCUUUGUCAGCUGCAAAAGCACUCCGGAAGAUGAAGUCUAUUGGGGCGGCAUACGUUUUGCCAAUUCCGAGUUCGAGGAGAAUCAAUAUGAGCAUCGUUUUCAUGACAUACACACACACGGCAUGCAAAAGCCUCAAAACAGUCGCCUGGAAUAUGUACGCAUUGAGAAUGCUGGGAUACUGCACAAUUAUAAAUCGGCCGCCAUACAAGCCAUCUACAAGACACCCUCCAUUUCAGCGGUGACCAUUAAAAACUCAGCCAAUCAUGGCCUCAACAUUGUGGUGCCCAAUGGUCCCAUUACCAUGAAUCUGUUGCAUAUAUCCCAGGCUAUGGGUAGCGGUAUUAAUAUGCUAUCGCUUACCGGCGAGGGGCGAGAAAGUGACGAGUCCAGCUUUACUCCACUCAAGAAAUUGGAUUUACCCUAUAAGCUAUUCUCCAUGAUUGAUAUAUGUGAUCCCCAAAAAUCCAUAGUGGUGGAGGAGCGGGUUUUGCUCUACUACAAAUAUCACAAUAAUCCUGUUAACUGUGUCAAGAUGUUCACCUCAGCCUUUAGGGCCAAACCUUUGGGUUUCCGCUUACUGCAAUCGAAUCUUUUCAAUCAUUCCAAGCUAUAUGGGCGCAUGGAUUCCCUCAGACUGUGGGAUGGUGAUGUCUAUAAUGUGACCUCUUUAUUUAUGGGACAAAUCGAAUCGGAUACUUUAAAUCAAAAGUCCUUCUUUAAGACCCAGGGGCCAACGUUGAGUGUACAUCUUAUGGCUAGUGGUGCUCCAGAAUAUCAUGGUUUCAUCGCAGAAGUGGUUACAGUGCCCAUAUCAACCAUUGGAAUAAAUCGUGAUGCACUACACAACGUAACCUUUUCCCACAUAACAGGUGCCAUCAAAGGUGCUGUGGUCUAUACAUCGGCCGGUGAGGUUACACCCACACUAACCCUAACCUCUAAUCGCAUUGAGAAUAAUUGUCUGCAAUUGUAUGGAAACUUUUCAACAUGCCAAUCAGCUGUAAAUGUGGAUGUUCAAAAUAUGAAUUCGUUCUUCUUUAUGAAUAAUUUAAUACAAGAAAAUCAAGGUGGCCUUAAACUUAGAGCCGACUCCCGUGGUUCCGCAACAUCCCUCAGAGGUUUUAUCCAUCACAAUCUCUUCCUUAAAAAUCGCAAUAGGCCAGCUCUCUUUGUGGAGGGUCGUCAAUCAUCGCCCUAUCAAGAAGUAGAAUUAUUUAGAAAUUAUUUCGCUCAAAAUCAAGCAGGAUACGAAGAUGUCAUUCGCUUGAGACAAGUUGUCUCCAACUUCAGUUACAACUAUGUUCACAGCAAUGUGGGAGGAAGGAUUGUCGAAGUUUCUGGAUUUGAAAAGGUUCGUUUGCCGAUCUAUCAGAGUACGUCACACAAUGGCUUCUAUAGAAAUAUUGCCACCAAUUGGAUGGGCCGCGCCACCAUUGUAGCUGGCACUGCUGGCCAGCAAUAUGUGGAUAACAUAUUUGAAAAUCCCGACAAUGACUAUGAGAUUAUAACAGUCAAUAGUUCCAUUUUGAGUAUUGACUACCGAAACAGCACCAUUGAAUUAUGGAAAUCGAAAAUUGAUGCCCGCCAUAACUAUUGGAGCUAUAACAACAGCAUAUCGGUGCAGUCCAGAAUUAAAGAUAAAUCCGAUGAUCCUUUGCUGUUGGAAGUUUUGGCAGUACCCUUCCUUAUGAAUAAUCUAACAAUUUUGGAUGGCAAAUGCCCACCGGGCUGGUCACAAGUGUCAGAUACCUGUUUUAUGUAUGUGGGAGUACCCAUGACUUUCUGGCAGGCCAAAGAUUUUUGCAGAUCUGAGAAUUCUUCAAUGCCCUUUAUAAAGACAGACAGCUCCACCUUGUGGUCAUAUUUACAAGCACAAAUGAGACAUUUGAGAUAUCCCGAAAAAGUUUGGGUACAAGAUUUCAAUUACAUCGAUCGUUGUACCAGUUUUGCAUUUAAUGAAAUUACAGUGGAGGAGUGCACCAAAGAACUGGGUUUUAUAUGCGAAAUAGAUCCCAAGGUGGUUAUCGAUCCCCUUUCCUGGCGUGCCGAUGUUUUUGCUAUCAGCAUUAUUUCUGCCUUUGUUUUGGCGGUUAUUCUCUUGGUACUGGUGGCCAUAUGCUGGUAUGCUAAAUCGAAACAUCGUCAUGUACAACGCUUGCAGCGACGAAAUAGUAUACGCCAAAGUUUGCGUAGUUUAAAUAGCAUUGAUCCACAGGGUUCUCUAAGGAGGAGGAAUUAUAACAUGUCCAACUCCACGGGUACUCUGACCAAAAGUAUGGCCCAGGAUUACAAAAUGAUGGGCAAUGGCUCUUUCGAGUCCAUUGACAAGAGCGUCUUAAGCUCUGAGGCCAGUUUUGAGCCCUACGAAAAUCAUCGCAAAGAUGGUGAUGCCUCACCAUUUAAUACACCACAAAAAUCACAAAAUGAAUAUGUCACCAGUGCAGUGCGCAACCAUCAUACUCCCCAGAAGGUGGCCACAAUAGGCUCCGUAUCUAGGGCACGCGGCAGAGCCACGGCAACUGCUUUGGCAGCACAAAAACCCCCUAAUGAUUUUGAGUUGUCUUAUCGCAAUGAAGGUUUCCGAGACAAUUCCACAUAUUCGGGUACCCGCAAUAAUUCCAUAAGCAAUAGCAUUGCCGAAGAUACUCCCAUCAUACAUCAGACAGAUGUAGAAGAAACCGGUUCGGAUUAUUAUGGCAAUGCCAGUACCUUGCCCUUGCGUUAUGAUCCCAAUGAGAAUUUAGCAUUCUUAUCUGAAUUGAAGAAAAAUAUACCCGAUCAACGCAGCAGCACCUUGUCCGACAAACCACCCUCAACAUUCCUGCCGCCCACGGUAGCAGCCAUCCAUCAUCCACAUCGUCCUGCCAAAACUCCCUCACCACCCACCAACCAAACCAUAUCGAGCACUAACUCCAAUGCCGAUAGUUUAACCUAUGAACAAAAAAUCGAUAACAUGAACUUUAGUUCUUUGGCGGAAUUAAGAAGCAAUAACAAUAGCCAAAUAAUGCCGCCCGAUAUUAGGAGACCGGAUUCCUAUAUAACAGCAGUGGGGGCAAAUAGGUUGUCGAGGCCGGCCUCAUCUUUGGGCAAUACGCCCAAAUAUGAUACGCCGCAGAUUACAAAGGCCCCACAACACAUGGCCAGUAGAAGACCCAAGACGCUGUAUGAGAAUGGUGAUGCAGCUGCAGCCACGCCCAGUUAUCCCAUGGAAGGGGGUAAAGCCAAUGCCUAUCAUCGUUCACGUUCUGAGGCUUUGCUAGAGACUGAUUUAGAUAUGGAUAAUACCCCCACUUUGGAUGCCAAUGGGCGUUCAUUAAGUCAGCCCUUGGAAACCUCAAUGUAGGAGUUCAAAAAAAAACAAAAACAAACAAAAAGUCAGGCUCUCAAUAAACUCCCCCUUAAGAAAGUUGGAAUGCUUUCUUUAAACUUUGACUUUUGAUCUCUUACAUAGCGGGAUAUUCUCUUGGCAAUAUUAUAAAAAAAAAAACAAAAAACAAAAAAUUAAGUUUUGUUUUAUUUUAGUUUAUCUUAAAUUUAAUUAGCAUCACAUUAUUAUUUUAACAUUUUUGUUAUUAUUUUUUAAAAUAAUUUAGUUUAAAGAGAUUGUUUUUUUUUCAAAUUUUUUCUUUAGUUCUAAAAAGUUUUUGACAAUGCAAAACUUCAACAUUCCCUCCAUUACUUUCUAAGAGCUCUUUUUAUACAUAUACACUCUUAUACACACAUACAUAUGUAUACAUAA